ACUAUGACAACCUCCGGCCGUUAUUCAAGGCCACCGUAGACAUGGGGGCAGAGAUCGAGGUCAUACGAUAUGCUCAUGGAACCCCCGGCCUGGGGCUAGCUAACCACAUGAGCAUCUACUGUCCACAUUGGUAAACAAAUGACUAGGCAAGCACGCAAUAGUACCCGGUCCUGGCCUGCUUACGCGUUCGUGUCUGUAUCAGCCAAUGCACAAUAUACUCUAUACCAUAAUAGCUAUUCCUCUAGUUCGUUCGACGCCAGCAGCAGGACUUCUUCAUCAUCUGUUACCCACUCAAUCAGUAAUUUUCUCAAGGCAAGGCAAGGAAAAACGAAGUAACGUUUUUCAGCUGAUCGCUCGAUCAGUGAGAGGGUCCAGACAACUCGACUUCUUCUAAGCAUCGCGAAAAAAAGUCGUGGCCAAAUUUGACGCCUCUGUGACAGCAGGGUUAAGUCAGCUAUCACUAUAACGGCGGCAGCGGAAGCAAACACACGGUCGUGCCUACUCAGAGCAGUGGCAGUAGCAUGUGUCCGAGCCAAAAGCCACUGCAGAGACUGUGGCAGAGGCCUCCGCAGCAACGGACUCUUCGAAUGGCAGCCAGAGAUCGUCAUUGGAGAAGAAACUCUUUGUUUCGACAGAUAGAAACCACUAAGCAGGGCAGUGCGAACCACUGCACGGGCGACAGUAACGAUGACGACGGCUACAGACAGAACGCCCCAACUCCGUUUGCACUAUCAGCAGUAACCGCCUUAUCCUACUGUUAGUACUGCUACUAUUGGGCGGUGGUUAGUUAAUUAUUUGUUUCCCCGUUCCUCCAGCAAGUGCGUCCCUCCGCAUACUCCAUUUUCGUCCUCAUCCCCUUGCAACGAUACCGCCAGAAAUAACGAUGAUUCUUUUCACUAUUUUAAAGAAAGUGCUAUAGUGCGAUGAUCAUAUGCUACUGAGGCCAGUACUGCUGUUGUUGUCACUAGGGGAUCAGCAUUAAGUAAUGAUGUACGAUAUUUGUUACGAUUUGCUGGUCUAAAACUAGCCAUCAUGCUAGUUGACGUGCCAGUGCAUGAUAUAAAGAACAGUCAAAUUCGACAAGACAUUUACUAAAAUCCUUUCAAGGAGAAUCUAUCAAGUUGUAAGUACGUUAAGCAGCUAAACUCUGCCUGCAGUUUUCUUGCGGCACUAAUUAUGGAAGAAUUCCGUUGAUACCAUUAAGGAUGCAGAUGAAUGAAAAUAUUGCGUUCUAACAAUGUUAUUUCGCGCUGCAUUUCAGACACCGGCUCAACCUCGCCAGAAGAAAUCUGAAGGAACGAAGUCCAAGGGGAACGCGAAGAACGCGAGAGCAAAUAGUCAACAGGAAGGCGAAACGGGAAAUUCAGGAAAUCAACAAGGUCCGCCCGCAAAAAGGCAACGCGCGACUCCUGACGAGAACAAAAACACUCAUCAGCUGACACCGGAUGUAAAGCCUCAGUUCAGCGUUUUGGGUGCGCCCGCUGGAAGCAUGUACGCGCCUCAUGAUUCCUCGAUGCCCCCUCCUCAUAUGUCUGCUGGGUAUGCAACACCCGGCGCGCCGCCCCAACCACCGACGUUUGCCCCCCCUGGUCAACCGGGUCAGCCGGGCUUGUUUAAUGAUCCCAACCAAUAUGCCAGCGCACCCGCGCCCCCCGCGUAUAGCCACCCAUCGAUGGUUACAUCUGGAACACCCAUGUCUCCCGCGUCAGCGUCUCCUGGCAGUAUCGGUUUCCAGCCUGGCCAGGGCCCCCAAGAAGGCUUUAGCCAGCAGCGGCAUCAGUUGAUGAAUUCGCGCCUUAAGUCAUUGAUUCAACAACGUGCAUCGCAGAAGGAGCCCGAGCAGAAUUCGCAGGACGGGUUCCGCUCGCCGGCACAAACCCCAACAACGCCUACCGGCGCCGCACCUGACGGCUCACCUUUCUACCCAGCUGCCGGUUCCGGGUCCCAGCCCGAGUGGGGGGGCUCUAGCGGUCCGGGUCAGAGCCAUUUACUGAACCCCGCGGUCAAGCUGGAGCCCUCCGACCAGGGCCAGGAUCCCCGGACGGGGCCACCUCCCCAUAGCCCGGCCACCGACAUGGCAGCGAAGGCCUCCGAGGCGUCGGAUCGUCCGCCUAGCAGUCUCAGUAUUGGUAGGCAGACCCCGCAUGCCGGCCAAUCUCCCGUUCCCGGCUAUACGCUUCAGGGGUCUUUCGCUAGCCCCAAGUCGGCCAGUCAUGGCUUUCCCCAGUCCCCGCGACACUUCGAAGGUCAGCAGGAGCCUUCGGCAUCAAGCGGAAGUCUCAACAUCUUGAAUUUACCAGUUGGCUCAUAUCCCGGUCAUCUUGUUCCUGGUUACCCCCCAACAAGUGCGGCAUACGACCCACAAGCACCACCCUUGCCUGGGUUCUCAAAGCCUGGAGCAUUUUACCAGGCUGCUCCAACGGAACCUUUUGCCGGCUUGCAACACCCUCCAGCCGAUCCCGGCAUGUAUGGAGGUGGCGGUCCUUUGCCGAGUAUGAGUGGCAUGGCCGGUGGAUUCGGCCUUCCAGCACUGCCACCGAUGCAGGCUGGGGCUCAGGCAGGCAGUGCCGGACUCAACCUACCUGGAGCUGACCCCUGGUGGGGACGACUGGAACAAAUGAAGACCGAAUAAACAUAAAAGCCUGCUUUUCUCAGACUCCAGAAGUACUCCAGAAGAGGGGUUUCUGAAGUCUCGAAAAUUUGACCACCGCAAUGGUCUUAAAGGCCAUUUUGUAUUAUAGUGAGGUGGACGGCGACAAAGUUAGCCAUCACUUCCAUUGUAGAUGAUAACCUAGAAUAUAUGACAUGAGCUCAAGAACGGGAAACCAGACUUGUAACCUGCAUGUUAGACUACUGGCAUAGUUGGGUAACUUGACUUGUGGAACUCGAAUACAGUUUAAUGACAACCCAUGCGUUGUCACUACAUAUGACGAAAAUACUAAGCAUCGAGUUCGCAGAAAGGAAACAGAGUGCCAAAGCUGACUAA